CACAACAACGCGAAGAAGAAACAGUUCGUACUUCGUAGUAACGUUUAGAUGUUUCUAUGACCACUUUAGUAGGAUUUAUAUCUGAAAAACAUGUAGUCAGUGAAAAUAGAAGUUUCUGCUGUAUGGAUGAAGUUAAUACUACCCUCGUUCGUUUUGUGAGAGGUUUAAGAGUUUGUCAGCUAGCCCCUGCUAGCUGCUAGCUCGGAGACGUAUGUCUGUUAGAGCAGCUCUGGUGGAUUGUGUCGUGUUGUCUCUGCAAGAUGCCUGUGUGUUUUAUCCAUGCUGUAAAGACUGUUUCUCUAAGAUUCAAGUGGAACUACAGGACGCUAAAAGGUGUCGAUGUGCCAAGUGUGGUUACAUCUGUCUGAGGGGAAAUGUUGAUCACAGAUAUCGUCUCUCGCUGAAGGUGAUCCGGGACAAAUGCAUCUUUGGAGUCACAGUUUUUGGGACCAGCUUGAAUGCAUUUUUUGGCAUUCCUGCAUCUGGUUUACAGAGGUUGGUGGAGCACGCAGAUGGACCAGUGGAAACAUCAACCAGAUGUACAUUGUUGGUUAAGGCUGUCAAAGAUUGUUUUAUUGGCAGACAUUUCAUCUUUGGUAUAAAGGUGACUGAAACAGAACGUGAGCCGUGGUUACGACAGACUGUCACAAAUUGCUCCAGAAAUGAAGACACAGUCCAGUUAAUUGCCAGCCAGAUGAUUCUCCCCAAAGCUUUAGGCCUGGGGGGCUGCACGGUGGUCAGUUAUUUUCGGAUCCUUCUGCAGAAAGCCGCAGAAUCUGAGCUGGGAUCUGCUGAUCUAAGAAACCCUCCAGAAACCCCGAAACACCCCUGCUGCUUCCUCAUCAUUCUCCAGCCAGCAGCUUUAACAGUGCUUCACUUUCUACAUCAGGUCUUCUAAGUCAACCACUGCAAAGAUCCCAGUUCCAAGACUGCACACUUACUCCCACCCCUCCAUGGCAGCAAUCUCUGGGACUGGUUACAUCAUCAGCAGAGCAGGAGGAAGGCUGCAGCAUUCAGGAAAGUGAUGAUGUGAAAAGCAGACAGACAGAAAAAAGCAAAACACAAAAUCAUAAUACACGGACAGACAACCUAAAGAACCCUGAAGUCACCGAGGAGAGAGGAGUCUCACCUCUUCUUCCGUUACAGCGCAGCUUGUGCAGCACUCAGUCAUUUGCCAAAUACUCAUUCUCAUGUGUUGAUGAAGCUGUUGGAGACACCUCCAUCACAGAACCUUGGUUCAGUCUUUCUCCCACUGACAACAACAGCUCCGGGAAGAAGUUGUCUCCCAGAAAACUAACCCAAACAUAUUUAUCAGACUCCUUGGCUUGGGAGGACUUGCCACUCUCUGAGAGUCUAACACAUUUUUUGGGUGACAAAAACAAAGACUUUAUCAUCGCUGGUGAGUCAAAGCCAGAUCUGAAUGUUCAAAACCGAAAAGAAAUCUCAAGGAGCAUCCUGCAAGACAAAUCACAAGACAAGAACUUCUCGACUGAAUCAGAGUCUGUUCAUUCAAGUUUCAAAGACAUUAAAAACAGUCACUCACAGAUAUUUUUGGGUAACAAAGAUACAGCAGCACCGAAUGAAGCUGACGGACGUGAUUUACCUGACCUGGUAUGUAAGAAACCAGCUGGAUUUUUUAAUAGGAGUCAGACCAAAAACAAAUGUAACCGGGUGGAUGAGAAGUCUUUUUCUGCCUCUUUUGAAAGCACAGAAGAAGAGCAACUUCAAAUACACACUUACGAUUGUUCUGCAGACCUAUUCAGUAGCUCACUGAUGAUCGAUAUGAGCACAAACACGAUAAAAACACAAGUAGAAACUGUCAGGACAACCACAGAAGCUUGUGUCUUGCUUUCCGUGCCAAACAAACAACACCCAAGGAGGGAAAUGACCAACUCAUCACAAUUAACCCCUGACAAGCAAAAAGUGACAAGUAACAAAUGCACUUAUGAAGACAAUUUAACUCCAUCUGGCAUGUUCGAUCUUCACUUUGUCCCUCCCUCUCAGUCCACCCCCAUUGUGAAAUCAACUGCUUUGACAAGGUCACCUGACUGCUCAUACAUAACCUCGACAUUUGAUGAGUCCACUUCUCAAAUUCACAGUCCAGAUUCUUCUUCUUGUUCCAGAAAUCUGCCCCAACUGUACGGUAAGAAAACAGCCAAAAUCCCAUCUUCCAAUUCAAAAUGUGUCCGUUUGAAUCAGCGGCCCUGGUGUUGUAAAGAGUCCGCCAAAGAAAACUUGAUGUGGAGGACAAAAUUAAACAGACACAGGUUGAACUCAAAAAGGAGAUUUUGGAAAGAUCAAAAUCAUCUUCUUGCUCAGGAACCCCAGAGUGUCCAGAGAGGGGCUCCAAACACAGGGACUCCAAGAAGGCAGAAACACACGUGCGACUCAAGGCACUUUGAUGUGACUGUGUGUGAUAAAGACGACAGUGCACUUUUUGUCCCUCCUACACCUGCUGUUAAAAAACUGCUGAGUGUGAAGCUACGAGACAGAAGUCAGACUGAGUGCAGCAGCAGUGAUUUCGGAAAGAUUGUUGAAGAGCAGCAGAGGCAUGGAGUGAAUUGUCAGAGUUCUGUGUUGGAUCAAACUGUCAAAUCCUCACAGAAAGGUGUGGUGCAUGCAGGAAGCUCUGACACUGAGACUUUUGAAAAGGCAGCAUUGGAUGGAUCUAUUUGUUACCUUGUUGAUGGGGAGAAUGAGGCAUGUGAUUGGUCGAGAGAUUUGUUCUCUGACUCUGUCUGAGAGGCUCUGCUGCACAUGGACUUUUUUAAUCCAAGAAUUCUACUUUAUGAAUGUAUUCACGGCUGGAAACCGUGAAAAAGGUCUCUAUUUAUUUUCAGAGUCAUUAUACUAAUUUUAACUUCUAACUUUUCUUCAGCAUUGCUGUUGGUCCUUUUAGUUUAGUUCUGCUGGAUCAGAACAGGACCUGUGUGUGUGAGUAGCAUGUCUCUCAAUAACAGUGUAAAAUCAAAAUUUCCCCUCAGGAAAGUAUACAAUUCAAGAUAAAAAAGUAAGAGCACAUACAGUAUAUUAAACACUGAAAAAACAAGGACCAAAAUAAAUUGUCAUACUACGGCUCCAACAUCUGUACAUUAACUAAUUCAUUAAAAUGCAAAUCUCUGUCACUGAGAGGCUUAAUGUCUUCAUAUUUUUUAUAGAUUUUAAAAAAAACAGAAGACAUGCUCCUUUCAACUUUUAAAUAAUUAAAGCUUUGAUUGAAAACAUUUCAGUAAUUCAAUUCCUUCUGAUGAACUUUUACAUAGUCAAAUGAUGAUAUCAAUGUUAAAUUAGCUGCUGUGAGUUUUUAAUAAAAGCAAUCCUAAUGGCA